UAAAAACAAACGAUUUCAUUUUUGUGGUAUCCUUAGGGUAAAUACGAUGAAAAUGUAUGUAAUUGGUAGUCGACGAUUCAUUUGACUGGUUUCAAUGGUACUAUCGACAUGCAAGAAGCUAUACCUCUAAUAGAAGUAUCUAUUCCUUAUAUUGUGAAAAAGAAUGCAGUGGGAUUAGUGUUUUGUGCCUGUUGGAAUGAUCAUAUCGCACUGAAAUGGCAAAAAUGUGGUAUUUUCGUUGCUCUUCUAGUGAGCUUCCUCUCUCUAGCCCUUCUUUUGCCAUACAUAACCAUGAUCGCUAAAAAACUCUUACCAGCCUUCCUUCCCCUCGUCAGUGAUGCUGGCGGCUAUCCUCCAUGUAGUGGUAUAUUUGCCAUCUGCCUCAUUUUUGCAGCUUUUUUCUCAAUGAUUCUAUUUCCCAUCUUGUAUGAAUCCAUAAAACAUCGCAAUAUACAUGAUUGGAAAUUUAUAAAAUUGGCCAAUAAAGGUGCGCUUAUUGUGAUAACUAUCAGCUUCUUUGGUUUAAUCAUUACAGCAUGUAAUCCUGUAGGUUUCACAGAUGUUCCAAAUAAAUUUGAGUGGGUGAUGACAGUGUUGGGUGAACAUGGAGUUGGCGCUUCAAUGAUCUUCAUAGGCGUUGGCCUUUAUCAGUUUUUUGUAGGUGCUCUUUGGUGGUAUCUUCCAGAUGCAAGUAAAACAGACAGAUACAUUAAGUUAGGCUUCAUGGGCGUCUAUAUCAUUCUCUUCCUUCUCACUGUCUAUCCUUUACCCGCCAUGGUUCUAGAAGAACUCGGACCUCACCCUUUUGACUUCGCUCGAAUGAAAAAGGUUUCAUAUGAUUUACCACGUGUAUACUCUGUAAGCCAUAUGAUUUGCUCCAUCUGUGAAUAUGCUGUUUGCAUUUUGUCUCUCAUCAAUAUAGCGCUGUUGUACAAAGAUCUACAGAAAGUUUCUCUCCGAGUUGUUCUCCGGCACAAAUCUUGUACGACAGAAGCUGAGGAGCCUGCACCCAGCAUCAAACUCAAAACUAUCUCUUGAAGAAAGCUAUUGUAUAUAAUUUCAGUCAUGCAAAAGCACAAACCUGCAGCAGCAUAUCUCAAAUAGUCUUUACAAAGGUUUAUGAUGCAGAAAAAGUUACUCCAUAACGAUUUGUGAUAUCGUGUGAUAUCUUCCAUAUUUACUAAGACUGUAGUCAAUAAGAUUUCAUUUUUAUUGCCUUGUUCUGGUUCAAGGAAAAGUAAAAGAAUAUUAAAUUAUAGAAAAAAAUAUUAUUCUGUUUGCAAGAAACAUUCCUGGUAAAUAUUAAUCUGUACUCUGUUUUGUUUUUCAAUAUAGAAUUGCGUUACCAGAUAUUAAUUGAAGUUAUCGUUUCAAAUAAAAGAUUUUCUCCUCAAAUGUAUCACUUGCAGAAAUUAUACGAAUUUGUUUCAACAAUGAAUAUUAUUCUGAAUUCCUAGAAAAAAUACACAAUUUUUUAUAAGUUUUUCAAGCUUUCACUUAAAAGUAUAUAAAUUUAUAAAUGUUAUCGGUAUUUAGCUUU